AUGGCACCUAGGCCUCCUCCUCCUCCACCCACAAAUCCUGAUGCACCAGAUAUGAUGAGAAUGAUGGAAUUGGUGAUCAGUGAGAUGCGGCAGCAGAAUACCGCUUUGGUACAGCAGAAUUCUGUGGCUAUGCAGCAAUUGGAAGCUGCUCGACUGUCAGUUGAGGCCUCUCAGCGGCAGUAUUUGGAAUUGUUGACCAGUGGAAGGGCAGUAGCUAAACCCUCAUCUUCUUCUUCCACACAACCUCAAGAGUGGAGUCUUGAGAAUUUCUUGCAGCACCGUCCGGCCAAAUUUAGUGGACAGGUUAGCCCAAAUGAGGCGGGUAGAUGGUUCAGAGAUAUGGAGCGCAUCUUUAAUGCCAAGAGGUGUUCAGAGGAGAACAGAUUGGUUGUCACGGAGUAUUUACUAUCCGGGGAAGCUACUCACUGGUGGAGCAGUAUGAGGACCAUACUAGAGGGCAGCAACACUUCUAUCACUUGGGAGUUGUUCAAGGAGAGAUUCUAUGCUGAAUAUUUUCCUGACAGCGUUAGAUUUGCUAAGGAGAUUGAAUUUCUACAGCUGGUUAAGGGAAAUAUGUCAAUUUCUGAGUACGCAGACCGGUUCAAGCAUCUGAUCAGGUUUCAUACAGUGCCGAUGAGUGAGGUUUGGCAGUGUCGGAAAUUUGAGAAUGGUUUGAGGGGAGAUAUCAAGUUGUUGGUGAAGGGGCUUUCUAUUAAAGAAUUUCCAGCUUUGGUGGAGAUGGCAAGGGUCAUGGAGAAGACCAAGUUAGAGGUGGACAGUCAGAGAAGUCAGCCUCUGAGAGUGGGAGGACCGGUGAUGUCCAGAGAUGGUUCCAGUUCUAGAAGGACUCCCUACUCUAGGCCUCCUUCUCAUGGGUCUAGGGGUUCAUUCUCCCAGUCUUCAGUGUCUUCAGGGCAAUCCAGUCAUUCCGGGGGAGUGAAGUGUUAUUCCUGUGGAGGUCCCCAUCUUUAG